AUGGAAACUACAAGCACUGAUUCCUGUAUUCAACAUGCAACCGGCGCUCGACGAAGUGCCUUUCGCAUUCUCAUUUUGAGUCAUCCGCGCUCGGGUUCUUCUUUACUUAGUUCUUAUCUUAUGUGCCAUCCUCGAAUUCUUUUACACGGCGAAUUGCUGAAUGAUGAAAAACAAGUUUAUUCAAAAAAUAUACCGACUCUCUUAGAAGAACUUGACAAUUCGUUAUCUGUCUGUUGCUCAGACAGCAUCGAAGGCUUUAAACUUCACGUCUGUCAACUAUUUGAUCGAAAUAUAGAACCUUUAUAUCUCAUUCGUCGCCUGAAUAUCAAUUUUGUCAUAGUCAUGUGGCGACGAAGUUUAUUAGAUUCAUUCGUUUCGUUGAAAAUUGCUCAAAAAACAGACUGUUGGUAUACAGAAACCGAAGAAAAUAUCAAUCGUGGAAUAAAAGUGUAUGUUGAUGAAACAAAAUUCAUCCAAUACUGUCAUAGAUUGAAAAAACAAUGGGAAACAAUAGCUGAAGCGAUCGGCACAAGUGUUCCGUAUCAUAUAAUUGAAUAUACAGACUUAACUAGAGCUCCAACUGAUUCCUUAAAACCUAUAUUUUUUGCAUGUGGUCUAUCAGAUAUAACAGUCACGACUGCUAUGAAGAAGCAAAAUCCAAGUAACCCUGCUGACAGCAUUAUGAAUUGGAAUACAUUAAAUGAAAAUUGCAAAACCGCUCAGCUUCAGGUUGAUAAACUGUUCGAUGAUGUACGUUUUCGCCAUAGUCUGAAGACACAGCCAUGGUGGCCUGAUAUAGAACCAAAACCAAAUUCAGGCACAUGGACGUAUCGAGUGGCUGUACCUUUCAUUUCAUACCAUGCAUUGUCCAACGUAUUUAAAUCAUUGGUUUCACAUUCGAUUUCAUCGGCCGCGUAUCCAGUUGCAGAGAUGGCUCAUGAACUACGUCGUCUCUUCGAUGUACCCGUCGCACAGCCGUGUGCAAACGGUUUUAUUUCACUCUUGUUAGCGUUACAAUCAGCACACAUUGGAGAAGACUCUAAUGAUUGUGUCCUUGUUCCAUCAUUUACUAUGAUUGCUGUACCUAACGCAGUGCUUUAUGCAGGAGCAACACCAAUAUUUGUUGAUAACAGCUGUGAUAAAUAUAAUCCGGGUGUAGAUGAAUAUGAUGAAGCGGCUAGACUUGUUCCUGAAAAUUACAAAAUUAAAGCCAUAAUUGUUACACAUACAUAUUCAAUCCCUGCAGAUAUCGAACAGUUACAUGAUAUGUGUGUAAAAAAUAACUGGUUACUGAUUGAGGACAUUAGUGAAAGCAUAGGUGUCACUAUUAAUGGGAAGUUACUUGGUACUUUCGGUUCGUAUGCGUGUGCCAGUCUGUACGCGAAUAAAAUAAUCACUGCAGGUGAUGGGGGCUUCGUAUUAUCGAAGGAUCCAUCCGUAGCUACCCGGUUGGCGUCUAUUGUGAAUCAUGGCUUCACGCCUAGCUAUCAUUUCGUUCAUUUUGAGCCGUGUAUAAAUGGUAAAAUUAAUGGACUCGGAGCUGCACUUGUAACGCCGGCCAUAAAACAAAUAUCUCAAGUGAUCCAUCAUCGUAGCUGUAUGGCUCAGUGGUAUCGACAGGGAUUGUGUGCGAUCACUGAGUACAUAAAAUUUUCACCACGCGCAGGCGAUGCUGAUGGGCCGUGGGUUUUUGGUAUUGAGUGCCAAUCACGCAUGGACCGUGAUCGUUUGCGUCAUUAUUUAGCUUUUGAGCACGGGAUUGAAACACGUAACUAUUUUCCAUCCCUCAAUAUACAAGCAGCUUUUGAUAAUUUACCUACAUUUGCUCGUGCCACAUGUCCACAUGCGAUGCGAUUAGCUGAGAUAGGUUUUUAUUUACCUUCACAUUACUGGCUUAGAGAGGAUGACGUUUUCAAUAUUUGUCAAGCUAUUAUUGCGUUUUACAAUAAAAGUAAAGACUGGAAAAUGCCCACGAAUAACACAUUAUCGAUUUCAUCACCUAUUACAUUAAUAGUGAACAAUUGCACGGGUCUGUUUGAGUCAUUUGGAGGAAGUACUGUAAAAGAUAGGCAAGUCCUCGUUGAUGCUGUUCGUGCGAUUGAUUGUAUUCACAAAUUUUUCGGCAUUCACCGCGAGUGUUGGUCACUGUGUAAAGCUAUAGAAUCUUUGCUGAAUAAACUGGCUGAUGAAUCUAGCUUGGAUAAUGAACUAAGAUCAUCUCUUACAUACUAUGGACAGUAUUUGAAAAAAAUACGAACACAAAAUCAUCUGUUACCGAUACAAACCUUCCGUUCUCCUUGGCUGGAUUUCACCCUCAUAGAAACUAAUAUACCAACAACGACACCGACAGAAGUUCAACAGCUAUUGUGUUGGUUAGCUGUUAAAAAUGAAUGUUAUUCUUUAGUUGAACUCGGUUCAUGGUUAGGUGGUACGUCUGUACAGUUACUUCACGCUAUUCGCCAACAUAGUAUGAAUCCAAUUUAUUUCAUCGCGCUCGAUGGAUUUUGUUGGCAGCAGUGGAUGAACAAUCAUCUGAAGCCGUGGAAACAGCGAGCCGUUGGUCGUCAAUUUCUGGAAGAAUUCAAAGCUAACAUCAAUAAAUUUAUUAAUAUAGACACGAAUACUGUGGCUAUUCCAGUUCAACUAAAUUACGAUACAAGCACAUGGCCUGAGUUGGCACAUAUUUUUACGAAACCUCUUGACCUUAUUUAUGUAGAUAUUAGUGAUAAUGAAAAAGAACUGGAAGAACUUUGGCAAUCACUACAGCAUCAAUUAAUACCUAAUAAAACAAUUAUUGUUAUUCAUACAUAUGGGUUGGCUCAAGGCGUCUGUAGAUUUGUCGAACAAUACCUUAAUGAAUGGAAACCGCUAUACAAACCAGCAACGUUUGCAAAAGCCUUCAUUUUUCUUGGUAAAGCAUCUGAUAUAACAGUUAAACAAGAAUCACUCGUUCAAAUCAAGAAGAAAUUGAAAUUUGCUGCCUUACCUUCUGACUGGAAUCAUCAUCGAGCCGGUGGUUUUUGUGCCGUGAUUGAUAUUGCUAAAAACCAGCUUCAUCAUGAUUGUGCACCUACUCUGUUUAUACCUACUGUUGAACAAUACUUUUUCGAAUGUGAUUAUCAGCUUCAAAAGCCAUGGGUAGGUAUUGUACACCAGGCACCUGUCUCCAAUACUGUUUGGAUGCCCGAUGUUGAACGACUUUUGCAUUCUCCUCAGUUUCUUGUUAGUCUUAAUUUCUGCCGAGGACUCUUUGCAUUAUCUACAUAUUUAUGUGAUUACAUAAAACUUCGAUUACCAAAGAGUCUUUCGGUCGAUAUUCCUGUUAGUCGCCUUUUCUAUCCGAUCAGUGGAAGGAUUCAAAAGUCAAUAACGACGAAUGCACGCUCAUCAGUUGUGAUGAUCGGUGGUUAUAUGCGCGAUAUAGAUGACUUUUUAAAGUUAGUUGUACCGAAUAAUUUCGAAAAGAUCAUAUUAUUAAAUGAAACGGAUAAAAUUCGUCAAAAAUAUCUUCAUGAAUGUGCGUCUCAAUUUAACAUUAAGAUUAUAAAUCGCUUAUCAGAUGAGGAAUAUGAGCAGCUGUUAUUAACAAGUAUUCCAUUUCUUAGUCUAAAAAGUGAUGGCAUAGCAUCGACACUUCUAAUAGAAUGUAUAUGGAGUUGUACUCCGAUCAUGGUUCGCCGUUUUCAAUCAAUGGAAGAAUAUCUUGGUCGUGACUAUCCUCUAUUUUUUGACUCUCUUGAUCAGGCAGCAAGUCUACUUAGUUCCGAUGUGAAUAACAAGAAUUAUUUGCAAUUAAGUGCAAUGAAUUAUUUGGCUAAUAUGAAUAAAGAUCAUCUGACGUCUGAAGCAUUUAUACGUUCAAUAGCCAAUAGUGCCUCAUAUUUGGCACUACCUGAGUCUCCUGAAACAGAGUUUCCAAGUGUUGACCUGACCAUAUGUAUUUGUUCCUACCGACGAACAGAAGAUCUUCUUCGCAUCCUACGAGCCCUUCUAUAUGAACAAGACUUUAAUGGAACUUUUGAAGUGAUUCUGUGGAACAAUGAUUUUGACCGUCGUUCAGAAGUUGAACGAAUAUGCGGUCUUUUGAAUAAACGCAUUCGCAUGAUACAUUCGAGUGAUAACUACUAUUGUAUUGUACGUAUGUGUAUGCUUCAUUUGAUGAAUAGUGAAUGGUUAUUAACUAUUGAUGAUGAUAUGAUACCUAGUGAACGGUUUCUGUCAACUUUUGUCGAACGACGUAAUAAUUAUGGUGCGCGCGCUAUACUUUGCUUACAUGGUCAUAAAUUUCUACCGCAUACUCUCAAUGCAGAGAAUCCUAAACUUGGCGGAUGGGAAUAUGGAGUAAGCGUAGUUUUCAUUGACGAUAACCAGCCUCCUGACACGAUUCAUUUUGCCCAUGCUGAUGGUUGUCUUUUUCCAAGACAAGCUCUACGAGAUGCAGUCAGCAUUGAUAUGCCAACGAAAGAAUUUAUACUUGUUGACGAUUAUUGGUUAUCGUUUGUCUUGAAUCAUUACUUUGGUUAUCAGUUAUGCAAAAUUGCUGCAUCUAACAUGUAUACUAAAACACCAUCAGCGGAUGAUUCUACGAUCGCACUGUAUCUCAACCCGAAAGUAAGAGAGACGCGUAUGAAACUGUAUAUUUAUCAUAUGCUGAAGGGCUGGCCGCGUUUUAAUAUUUCUAAAGCUCCAUCUAUAGUGCACACGAUGAAGACGGCAAUUUGGCAAAGUUCAUUCAUUGGAUAUAACGUACCGAUGUGUUUAACAGUUGCAGAUAUGCGUGAUUUACAACACAUGAAUGUUCGAGUCGUUCGUCUUGGUGCUUGUUGUACGACUAUCUGGGAAGAUACUCAAGAGACUAACAUAUCCGAUCUUGCAUAUCUUCUUCCGCAAUGCAUGGGAUGUAUUUCAUCUUCCGCUUUACAACGACUUGUUUCCUAUAUUGAUUUAUUCAGCAAGCAUAACAUUCAAGUGAUUCUAACACUUCAUCGUCAUCUAGCGUCCCCACAGAUAUGGCAACAAUUAGCAGCCGUACUGGGUAAAAUAAAUAAUGUAAUAGGAUACGACCUGAUUAAUGAACCAUAUACAGCAUCUGAUGAACAAAAGUGCGUCGAUGAUCUAUUUCUAAGCGAUCAUUCAUCAGAUGAUAAUAAGUUAAUGAUUUAUUAUGCAGAGAUUAUUGAUGCUAUUCGACGUGAAGAUAAUAAUACACCAGUUAUUAUUGAGUCAUCCUUUUGGGCUAAUUGGCGUGCUUUACAUUUCUUGAAAUUUGACCGUGGCCCACUUUCAUUGCAUGCUAAUGACGCUGACCUUUUCAAAGUUUCGUUUCACAUGUAUGAGCCUCGAUUGCUAACCACUCAUCGUUUUAAUCAGGGUCGAUUCGCCUAUCCUGGCAUAGUACCUAACUAUGAUGGUCCAUAUGCUCUCUCUCAAGAAUGGAAUUCGUCACGUGUCAAUUCUCUAUUUGACGAUAUAGAGCUAAUCAUUACACAAGUACUUGGUUUGAAGUCGAAGCAUCAAGUGUUGGUCGGAGAGUUAGGCAUUUCCAGGAACGUUUCUGGAGCAUCCGAAUAUCUUCGUGAUCUACUAAGUGAAUGCUACAAAAGAAAUUGGAGUACUUGUCUUUAUUCAUUUCGUGAAAGCCAUUGGAAUCUUAUGGACUAUGAGUUGGGCGUUCAUCAAGAAAAUGAAAACAGAAAAAUUAAUGAUAAUCCUCUCAUGGAAGCUAUCAAAGAGUCUAUCCAAAGAACAACUUAG